AUGGGCGAUGCGGAUGCCGACGCUGAUGCGGAAGGGGAGUUGGAUGAAGAGGAGGUGGAUGUUCGUCCUCUGUUGGUCACUAAACACGCUGCAACUGUUGGCGCUGUGGCGGGUAGGAGGAAGCCAUUGAAGACCCCACGCGCUGUUGUGCCUGUUGUGCAUCCUGUCCCUUGCGCUCGAUGCGUAAAGGCCAAGAAGCCUUGCGUUGGCAAGCCAGGAAAUUCCUGUGAGCUGUGCAAGGAUGCUUGCAAGAAAUGCGAGUACUCUACUCAUAGGCAUGGAGUCGCAAAGGAGAGGGCUGCUGCAUGCGCUGUUGCGGCAAAGGCAGCGGUAAAGGGCCCUCUGCUCCCACUCCAAGUUCCUCUGCGGGGCGGUGAAGGAUCUUCAACUCAGCUGAGGGUGCAGCUGAUAUAA